GGCAGCAAACUCCACCAUCCUGCUACCAGCUUCUUCCUAGUUAGGUUACACCUGCUGCAAUAAAACACCAUGACCAAAGCAGCAUGGGGAGGAGAGGGUUUAUUUGACUUACAUUUCCAUUACUGUUCAUUGUCAAAGGACUUCAGACAGGAACUCAAAGGGCUGGAUCCUGGAGGCAGGAGCUGACACAGAGGCCUUGGAGGGGUGCUGCUUAACACUGGUUUCCCAUGACUUUCUCAGCCUGCUUUCUUAUGUAACCCAGGAGCACCUGCCCUGGGGUGCUACCACCCACCGUGAGCUGGACAUCAACAACUAGUUAUGAAAACAUCUGCCAAUAGCCUGAUCUUACUGAGACAUUUUCUCAAUUGAGGCCCCCUCCUCUCCAGUGACUCCAGCUUGUGUCAGGUUGACAUAAAACUAGCCAGUGCACCCCCAGUCCAUCCUGAACAAUCCACCAAUGAGAACCAAAUAUUCCAGUAUAGAAGCCUACGGGAACCAUUCUCAUUCCAACCAGCACAAUGGCAGAGUGGUUAAAAGCACACAUUAAGACCGGAGCUUCCUACUGUGACUGAGAAAGACACAGCCAUCCUUGUUUGGCACGUAAAGAUGUACACUGUUGUGUCCGUGGUGCAUACCCUAACAUGAUCGUCAGUUUCCUUCACAGAGAUAACUGCAUUGUUUUCCUCUGCUAUGUAAGACAGAUUGUCGAUCCAUUUCAGAUACUGGUGGCAGCAAACAAAGCUGUUCAUCUCCACAAGCUGGGAAAAAUGAAGACAAGAACUCUGUCCACUGAAAUUAUCUUCAACCUCUCCCCUAAUAACAACAUUUCAGAGGCUUUGAAAAAAUUUGGUAUCUCAGAAAGGGACACUUCGGUUCUGAUUGUUUACGUUGAAGAGGGAGAUAAACAAAUACACCAACAAGACCUAAUAUCUCAAGUGGAAGGUCAGCAGGUGCCUUUGGAAAGCCUUCCAGAAAUAACAAAGCUCUCAGAAGUCAGAAAGGCAUACAAACUGUCACCACAAGAAGAGAGCAUUGGGACGUUAUUGGAUGCUAUCAUUUGUAGGAUGUCAACAAAGGAUGUUUUGUAAGAUGCCCCAAAAUACUAAGAUACGGUCUCAGAGUUAACCACUAGCUGUUCUUUCCUGGUUAUGAAAUUAACAUAUUCAUCACUGAAAGGGGAAAAAGAAACCACAUCAGCCCCUUUUUUCACGUCUUAGAGAUAAUUCCUGUUGUGGUAUUUGGCAUUGUCUUCUAGUCUUCUGUUUGUACUUGAAUGUAUUUAUUUUUAUACAAUUGAAAUAAAAAGUGUAAGCACCUAA